GGGUUUUUGUCCCAUCCGCAGUCUGGUCACACCGGUCAUGUCACAAAUUUCGUAAACAAAAGAGUCGCGAAAUUGCUCGUAAUAGUUUUCACUGACUUGGUCUGCUGGUCGGGUAAUGUCACAAAAGUAGUGUAGAAAACCCAGCCAUGGAGGUGUUCCAGACCGACUCGCACUAUAUCUUCGUUAAGCGGGACAAGAGUUUGUGGUGGCACCGAAGGACGUCUGAGUUCUCGAUAAAAGCAGGAUGGGAUCUCAGUUCUGUGGACGACAUAGAGUGCAUUGGAGUGACACAUGGAAUUGUGGGUGUGAUCUCACUGCCCAACGUCUAUGAACCCCAUUUAGUUGUGGUAAAGGAGGCAUCGCCAGUGGGUGUUCUAUAUCCACCACACUUGGUGUAUAAGAUCAAGUCCAUAUGCAUUCUGAGUGCCGACGAUCCGGACACCGAUUUGCCCAAUUGCACCAAGCACACCAAGAGCAACCAGUCCACGCCCACACACAGCGUCUCCACCUCCAACAACAACAAUGCCAGCGUUCCGUCGAGCGGCGGAGGCUCCUCAAAGAGCACCAAACUAUUCGAGGGUAUGAACAAGACAUGGGGCGCCGUAAAGAGUGCAGGGAACACUAUUAAGAAUACUACCCAGCAAGCUGCAAAUUUGGCCACCAAGCAGGUUAAGUCAUCUGUGGGCAUUCGAGAGCCAAGGCAUAUUGAACGGCGCAUUACGGAGGAAUUACACAAGAUAUUCGACGAGACGGACAGCUUUUAUUUUAGCUUCGACUGCGAUAUCACCAACAAUCUGCAGCGUCAUGAGGCCAAAUCGGAGGAGAGCCAGUCGCAGCCGGAUGAGAGGUUCUUUUGGAAUAUGCAUAUGAUACGGGAUUUGAUUAACAUGAAUGACAAAACUUGGAUACUGCCCAUCAUUCAGGGAUUUAUGCAAGUUGAAAAUUGUGUCAUAGGCAAUGAGUGCUUCACCUUGGCCUUGGUUUCGCGAAGAUCACGUCAUCGUGCGGGAACACGCUACAAGCGACGGGGCGUAGACGAAAAAGGAAACUGCGCCAAUUACGUAGAGACGGAACAAAUACUCUCAUUCCGUCAUCACCAGUUAUCCUUCACACAAGUGCGUGGAUCGGUGCCCAUCUACUGGAGCCAGCCGGGCUACAAGUACCGCCCACCACCACGCCUCGAUCGAGGGGUUGCCGAGACCCAGCAGGCCUUUGAACUUCACUUUACCAAGGAACUGGAGACCUAUGGGCGGGUGUGCAUCGUCAAUUUGGUUGAGCAGAGCGGGAAGGAGAAGACAAUUGGAGAUGCUUAUGCAGAUCACGUGAUUAAGUUAAACAACGAUCGAUUAAUAUAUGUUACCUUUGACUUUCACGAUUACUGCCGCGGCAUGCGCUUCGAAAAUGUGUCGGCUCUAAUCGACGCAGUGGGCCCUGAGGCAGGUGCAAUGGGAUUCCACUGGCGGGAUCAACGCGGAAUGAUAUGCAACCAGAAAUCCGUUUUUCGGGUAAAUUGCAUGGACUGCCUAGAUAGAACGAAUGUGGUGCAAACGGCUAUUGGCAAGGCUGUGCUCGAAUCUCAGCUAGUGAAACUAGGCCUCUCGCCGCCCUACACUCCCAUCCCGGAACAGCUGAAAUCUCCGUUUAUGGUGCUAUGGGCAAACAAUGGCGACAUAAUCAGUAGGCAGUAUGCAGGCACAAAUGCAUUGAAGGGAGACUAUACUCGCACCGGCGAACGUAAAAUCAGCGGUAUGAUGAAAGACGGCAUGAACUCUGCCAAUCGCUUUUUCAUACAAAACUUUGCGGACUCGUUUCGCCAGUGCAUCAUCGAUCUGAUGCAGGGCCAGUUGCUGCGGGCAGAAGAGCUGCAGGAGGACGAGGUACUAGGCACCAUUCUCCAGAUCCUCACACCUGAAACACGGCCCCCGCUUCGGGGCUAUUAUAAUCCUGGUGUGCUGGGUCCCGAGCUACAACUCCUCGAAUCCAUCGUUACGACCAGUUAUUACUUGGCGCGAUUUAAGGACUCGUAUCGACAGGCCACCAUAGAUUUGAUGCUAGGCAACCAGGUCUCCUCGGAGUCACUCAGUGCUUUGGGCGGACAAGCUGGCCCAGAUGAAAAUGACGGAACAGAAAACGCCGAGCAAGCCAAGUUGCUAGUGGAGGAUUGUCGCCGCCUUCUACUCGGAACCGCUCAGUAUCCCGUUGGAGCCUGGGGACUAAUAGAUGCUGACCCAAGCUCCGGCGAUAUCAACGAAACAGAGGUGGAUACUAUUUUAUUGCUCACAGACGAUUGCUAUAUUGUUGCCGAAUACGACUCACAUCUGGACAAGAUUGUGCGCUUCGAGAAGGUGCAACUGACGCAGGUGCGUCUCAUAGAGUUGGGCAUGCAUCAGCAGACGAAAAUUUUUCAGGGAUCCGCACCCGCGCAUCUUUGUCUGCGUCUCAACUACAGCGUGGAAGAGCAAGAGGGCUACUUUCACAUGUUCCGCUCGGCCAAUCUAAGAUUCUUUAACAACAUGGCCUAUGUGAUCAAGACGCAGGAGGAGCUAGCCGAGUCCAUGACUUCAAUUGUCGAGAUGUUCCGCAUUGCCCUGGAUAAUGCAGGGAAUACAGAAGUGCGCUACAUCACGGGUGGUGUGCUGCAGCGAAGAAAGAGCAAGUUGCCCACUUUGGAUGUUCCAAGAGGCAUGCCGCGCAACCUUUCCGAAUCUCAGCUGGUACAGUUCAGCUCAAAGGCGAUUUCAAAUGUGGCGGGACAGUUCUCGAAGUUGGGACAGACCUUUAAAAAGCCUCAAGCUCAUCCCAGCAGUCAGGCAGCUUCUAUGAAUCCAAAAGUAAUGCGCCAGAGAGACAGCGAAAUAGAACCUGGCCAGGAAGCGGAAAAGGCAGUUUUCACCCUGGGUCGCAAGCAGCGAAAUUCCAACAGCGCCAGCAGCACCGAUACCGAUGAGCACGAUAACAGUUUGUACGAGCCCGAGGUGGACUCGGAUGUGGAGAUAGCUAUGGACAAGUCCAACUACAACGAGAACGCCUUUCUGCCGUCGGUGGGUAUUGUAAUGGGUAAUCAAAAGGAGGACUCGCCUAGCUCCUCCGAUGAAAUUCGACAUUUGGAGCAGAAGGAUAGCAUGUGCAAAACCACAGAGGAUGUGCUAACCAUUUCUAUAACCUCCGUGACGGACCACGUUGGUCUGCCCACGGGCCUUCUGGAAAAUGCACCGGCCAUCCGACCGAUUACGCCAAAUCCCUUGAUCUGUGUGGAAGCUCACGAAGCAUUUGACGACGGGGAGAAGGGGGUGAAGCCUGUGUCCAGUACGUCCGCCAGAGAUCUCAGCCUUCCUGGUUUGCCCACUCAUCCGGAAGCCAACAAGCUGAAGCAGCUUACUAGCCCGCUCUCGAAGCUGGCCAAGAACAUUGGAUUGAACUUGGACCCCCGCAAGAUAGCCACCAAGACCGGAGUUCUCUCACCUACCAGCCUCUCCGCCGAGAAUUCUCCGCCAGAGCGAGACCCAAGCUCACGGGAUCACUUGCUGGAGCUGUGGGAAGCCGAGAAGUGCAAAACCAAAUUAAUAGCCUUGUAAGAAGGUCACUAGGCGGGCAAUAACCGAAACUACACACUUUUAAAUUAAUAAGUGCAAGUGAUAUAUUUAUUUUCGAAAUAGAAAGCAAGAAAACGCAAAUUGUUCUACUUGUUGUUCGAGGCACUUCCAUUGAUGUCAUAUUAAGCAUAAAGCAAAGAUUAUAACGUUUUUGUGGUUCUUAUAAUGUAGAUGAUAAACGCCAUAUUUGUGAUUGUUAUAGCACCAAGCUGUAGUGAGUUAAUAGAUUUUUGGGCAACCCGAAAACAAUUUGGGUUUAUUAUAAUGGACACCAAGGAUAAGCAGCAUAUUUAAUGCAGACCAGAGUUAAAUGAUCGCUUGAAGGGAUAUAAAUGAUUGCAGAUUAACAAUAUUAUAAUGAAAUUAUAUCCGUUUUUUUAUAAAAAAAAUAAUAUGUUUAAUUAUUUAAAUUGAUUUAUUUUAGCAAAAUGUUUUUUUUAUUAUAAUUUUACUUACCAAAAGGAAAGGUUUUAAAAUCUUUUUUAUUUUGUGAUUGAUGGUGUCUUUUAUUAGUAGAUCUACCACUUAUUAUUAUUAUCCUAUAAUAUACUUGCUUUGCUUUUAGCAAUCAGCUUUAACCGACAGCUUAGUUUUAGAGCUCAGUAGAAGUUCAGCACUUGGCUUUUGAAACAAUUAUACGUAUGCACAUCAGGCUGGUGAACAGAAAACCCAAUACCACGAGAAGACAACAACCAAACAAAAGACUUGGCGGCUGCCAACAUUUUUACACGCUACACUUAUAGGAAAACAACACAUUUUGUGGCUGGAAAACCAAAACAUCAUAUGACACUAGACAAUUAUACCAUAUGUGGCAACUUAAGAGAUUUCAACAAAGUCAACGAAUAUUGGAAGAUCUAUAGAUACUCAUAAAGUUUUGGUUCGAAUACGUUCGAUAUAUUAGUCUCUGUAGUGUAUUUGUAAAUAAAGGAACAUUUUAUGUAAACGUACUACAAUUGGUACUAUGUAUGCGCCACGGAAUAUGUGAAAUAUAUAUAUAUGUAUGUAUGCGUUUUAAUGCCAAAAA